GGCAACAAGUUCUAAGAUGAUUGACAUUCCAAGUAACCAAUGAAAGUAAGAUGUAUAGUGACAGAUGAGAUAGGAUUAACUUUGCCGAAAGAUGUGUAUUAUUGCUGUCAAGUCGAAAUUUUAAAUGUUUCUUUUGUCGGUUUAGGUUGUUUAGUUAUUGCUUCGUGUCAUGGCCGAAGAAAUAGACACAUCAGUAAUCAAGAAAACACAAGAAAUUCUUGGAAGUGUUAUAAAAAAGCCAGCUCUUACGGAAAAAUCUUUAAAAAAACCACCUUUUCGAUUUCUUCAUGAUAUCAUUACCAAUGUAAUAAAAACGUCAGGAUUUUAUAAAGGAUUAUACACUUCCGAAGAAUUGCAAUCAGAUAACGUAAAGGAUAAAGAAACCAAGAUAGUUUUUCUUCAAAAAGCCAUAGAUGUUUUAGCAUUAGUUACUAGCCAGCCGAUCAAUUUGAAACCUUCUAAAGUGGUAGCUGGUCAUGAUCCACAGAAGACUAAUGUUUUUCUUCAAAUCUUAGGAACAGCAGUGAAAAAUAAGCUUGAUAGCAAAGAAGCUGUAGAAAAAGUAUUGAAUGAAAAAAUACAGGGAUCACCAACAAAAGUGCCGAAAGAACGUCGAAUGUCUGUAGAUAAACGUGCAAAAGGAGCAAAUGAAAAAGCUCAUACUCGUUCUCUGACCAAAACCAUUGAUCCUGCAAAAAAGAGCUCUGUGUCUAAUCAAAGCAAAGAGACAACCAAGAGUAAAGAUGGGGAAAAAACAAAGGAAAGACCCAAAGACUCGAGAAAAGACAGGGAAAAGUCUCGUGAAAGAACAAAGCACAAAACAGACGAUUCGAAAAAAACAAAAGAUAAAAGUUCUAAACUGAAGGAAGAUGUUCAGAUAGAUGACGAAAUGAAAGUGGAACCUAUGAUGGAUAGAGGCAUAAACGAUUCCAAUAACAAUGUGGAAAAUAAUGUUAUUUCUGAAUUGCAGUUAAAUGAAGUGCCAUCCACUAGCACAAUGAUGAAUGGAGAAUCCCAAGAAAAACAGGAGGAACUUAGGGAAAACGAGACUACAGAUUCAACCAGUGAUAAGCUUGUUCAAGAGAAAAAUCGUCGACCUCCUUCUAGUCGCAGUGCACGUCCACCAUCAGCCAGAAAUAAAAGAACCAAGCCCAUUGAAAACAGUAGCAGUGCAAUUGGAGCUUCUAGGGAGCCAUUAAUGGCUACUUCCUCUGCCAUAAUGGGUAAUGUGCCUUCAGUUCCUGAACCAGAUUUUGAAAGCUUGCCUUUACAAAGACCACCAUCAGCUCGUCCUCCAUCUGCUAGACCAUCAAGUUCUAGGCCCGCUCCUCCUAGAAUUCGCAUUCGACAUGUUGUAGAAAAUGAAGAGCCCAGGGCUUUUUUUUUUCCCCCAUAGCAAAGAAAAAGGAACUGUGAACCUAAAAAAAGGGAAAAUUCUGUAAAUUUUGUCAUGCAACUGCGAUUGAUAUCUUGAAAACUUGCCUAUGUUUGAAGCAUGGUAAAAGAUUGAAAAUCUGCACAGUCUACCAAAUUUCAACAAUGAAAUGCAGCUUUGACAAUUUGAAACAACAUUUUUAAUUAUUGGCAACAAGUUUCCCAUUCAGUAUUGAAACUAGCUACCAUAUUCUAUUGGUUAUCACUUUUGUAAUUGUCAUUAAAUAAGUAUUUUAUCUAACGUCACAAACUUGUACUAAUAAUUGAAGAUUAACCCUGUGUUGUUCUAAGCAAAUAAGCAGUAAUUGUAAUUUUGGUAAUAAGUAAGUGCCCAUGCUGAAACAUUUUGUUCAAAUAAUCACAAUGAUAUUUUUGAAGUGUGAUGCUUUUAGACUAUAUUGUUAUGGUUGCCAGUUCUAUUCUAGCAGACUUUAGGGCCCAGCAUGAAUGCUUGGUAAUGACUGGGACUCCAUUUUUGGAAAAUUACCACCGUAGUUUUUUACUUUUAAUAUGCUUAUAACUAAGAAAAAAUUUUAAUCAUAUCAGAUUGGCAAGUUUUUAAGAAACUCAUCAUUCCUUUGAGUAAUAUUGAAAAAUUAAAUUAGAGCAACAGACUGAUCAGAAAGUAAUAUUUCUGUAUAAUUUGAGGGAAAGGGUCUCGAGCUAAAACAUCCUGAAAUCUUAAAACAAAGCAUUCUAAAUACAUGUAGAAAAAUAUAAAAUGUAAUAUUUUAUAUGCUUUUUCUUUUCAAGACUAUAAAAUAGUUAUUAUAUUUCUCUAUAAAAAAGUGAGGAAAAAAUAUAUGAGCUUUUUUUAAAAAAAGUGAGCAAAAAAUAUAUAUCCUUUUUUUAAAUGGAUUUUCUUUCAUUCUUCUGUUUCUAGUCUUAAAUCUAAAGAUUUUUCACACCUGAAAAACCUCAAAAUUCUAAUUUGUGCUCUACUUCUCGUCUUGAGUUGUAUGGGCUUCUGGUUUUGUAAUUGUAUCUGUGCAUCAGAAACAAUUAGUACUGUUGUUGGUCUGUUAAUUGUUGCCUUAUUAGUUAUAUUGUUGGUGUGUGUGUCUUUUGAAUUUGUUAAUAAUUUUGUUAAUCCUUAAAAAUUAAAUUGAAGGAUUUAAUUGUAGGACUGUGCAUGGGAUUCCUUUGAUUUAUUUUUGUUCAGCUUACAGACUGACAUUAUAUAUAUCUAUUUAUCAUGUAAUAGUAAUAGAUUUUAAAUCUGUGAUCAUCUGUUAAUUGACUAAUUAAAUAUCAAGCAAUAUUCUGAAUAUUAUGUGAAUGAAAAAAUCUUCUAAGUUUCGUGCUUUUUUAAAACAGUUGUAUUUUAAAUGUAUGUCAUGUAUUCUUUCCUUGGUACUUAUGCAUGAACACAACUACCGGAGUGAAACCUGGCAAUUUGUUUACAGAAGUAAGAUAAAAAUUACUUAUCGGAUGUAAGUUGGUGAUUUUCAUGACUCUUUUUUUUAAAAAGUUUCCAAAUGAUCCAUAUUUAUUGUAACUCAGCAAACAUUAUCAAUGUAUCAAAAAGAAAAUGUACUUUAAAUAUUAAAAAAAUUUUCUUUAAUUAUUAAAUAAGGAUUAUUUACAUAAUCCUUUUCAAUUUUUUUUAGACUUUUCAUCUUCCUAUGUGCACAGUAAUCUGAUUUGAGGAGGAGGGGGGAUUAUCUGAAGGUUUUCAGAUUUUAUAAAACCACAAAGGGGCAUUUUUUUCAUUUACACACAUACACAUUUUUAGAGCAUUGGGGCUAAAAAUAUUUAAAAACAGCAUGUAUUUAGAAUUUUUGAUAGAGUCUUGACUGUUGGAAAUAAAAAUAUUUUUUACAAACAGUGUUACUAUUUCUUGCCUUGAAAUCAUUCGAGUUUGUUAGUCAAAAAUUCGUUAAAGGUUUACCAAAUGUGAAACAGACAAUAAAACAAAUUCCAAUUUUGGGCUACAUAUUCAGGUGUUGGACUAACUACAUUAUUCAAAAUUUGUUGGCUCUAGCAGGUUUCGUAUGGUCUUUUAAAGAACUUAAAAGUUCUCAGGUUUGUUAGAAAUGCUUAAUUUCAGCCAAAAUUCGCAAAAGGUUCUUAAUUUUACUCAGCUGAUAUUUCUGUCUGUUUUUAUGACUGCCAUUUUGAGUGGAAAAUAACAUUUUAGAGGAAUAGUUUUUGGCAGUGCAUUGACAAAUGUAUAUUUGAUGGGUAAAUCUUUGAAUUCUGCACUCCUACUAAAUGUAAGCAGUGGACACUUGAGUUUAAGAUACAAAGCCCUGCCUCGGUUGAAACAUAAACAUUUCAAAAUAAUUUCUUUUUUGCAAAUGAAGAUUUCAUAAAAUAUUGCAUCAAAAACAGUGUUUGCUGAUUUGGGAUAUAAUUUUUAUCAUGUAGUGCUAAAUUUGGCGACUUAUCAACAUUUUAAUAAUUUCAAAAUCUUAUAUUCUGAGAUUAGCGAAUGUUUGACGAUUUUUGCUUACAAACAUAACAACACUGAUAAAUGUUUGGUUGUAAAGAAAGUUUUCCACCAAAAAAAUAUUAUUAAUAAAGAUGGGGAGAAAAAAAUGAAUGCAGUAUCUUUAGUGCAGGUAGUAAACAUCACCCAAAUCUAUUUUCUGCCAGUGUUUUGGAGUUUUUCAAAACCUUCGGCUCAGAAACAUUGUGGCUGUAAGUCCAAAAACAAAUCCUCAUUUCAGAUGUUUUGUGCAGAAUGAAAGAUAGCACCAGCAAGAUGUGGCUGCAGGUGUGAAAAAUGGUAGAAGUCCAAAGGAGCAGAUAUUCAAGUGGAGAUAAGUGGAGGUCCCACUAAGUCUGCCCUUAUCUGCUUAAAUCAGCUCAUACAGUACCCAGCAAUUGAACUUUUAUGUCAAGUUUAAGCUGUGUGAUGCAUAGCACGACUAAUGAGCAUGAAACUAACAUCUGACUCUUUUGCAGGCUCUAUAGUGGUUUCAUACUGAUCUUCUUCCAAAAGUUCUUGCAGAUGGGCCUCAUAAAUAUGCUGGCCAGGGCACUCUGCUUCUUAAACGUCAUAGUCCUAGUUCUUGAAUUUUCGGCACCAAACCUUCACAGUGUCUUAUGAUACAACAUUAGUAACUUUAUUUGCUCUACACACAAUUUGGUAACAUUCUGUAACUGACUUUUUGCAUCAAAACUGGAAGUAAAUUAU